AUGGUAGCGGAGAACGCCCGCAAAGCAGCGGCCACCGGAGUCCGCGGCCCAGGGGAACUGAGUGCGCCCGGGACGGUGGCGCUGACGGCGGCGCGGAGCGAGCGCUGCGCGCGGCUGCCGAGCCCGGGGUCUUGCGGGCUGCUGGCUCUGGCCUUGUGCUCGCUGGCUCUCAGCCUGCUCGCCCACUUUCGGACGACCGAGCUGCAGGCCCGGGUGCUGCGCCUGGAAGCGGAGCGCGGGGAGCAGCAAAUGGAGACGGCUAUUUUGGGACGAGUUAACCAACUGCUGGACGAGAAAUGGAAGCUGCAUUCGAGGAGGCGCCGGGAGGCCCCAAAGAUGUCUCCAGGAUGUAACUGCCCACCAGGACCUCCUGGUCCCACUGGCAGGCCUGGACUUCCGGGGGAGAAAGGUGCUCUUGGGAUGCCUGGACGUGUGGGAGUCAAGGGCCAGCCAGGCGAGAAGGGCGCCCCUGGGGAUGCCGGAAUGUCCAUCAUUGGCCCCCGAGGUCCCCCGGGUCAACCAGGCUCCCGAGGUUUUCCUGGAUUUCCGGGUCCCAUUGGACUGGAUGGUAGACCGGGCCAACCUGGACCGAAAGGCGAGAUGGGCCUGACAGGUCCCCGAGGACAGCAGGGACCUCAAGGACAAAAAGGAGAAAAGGGUCAAUGUGGAGAGUACCCACACCGGGAGUACCUAAGCAGCACGAUGGCAGCUCUUCGCUCCAACCAGAUAAUUACCCUGAAGCUGCUGCCUCUCCUCAAUUCAGUGCGACUGGCUCCACCCCCAGUCAUAAAAAGGCGAACCUUCCAGGGGGAGCAGGGCCAGGCUGGCAUCCAGGGCCCACCAGGGCCUCCAGGACCCCCUGGACCAAGUGGACCUCUUGGACAUCCAGGCUUGCCAGGGCCCAUAGGGCCACCUGGCUUACCAGGGCCUCCAGGACCGAAGGGAGACCCAGGGAUCCAGGGCUACCACGGCCGGAAGGGAGAACGGGGCAUGCCGGGAAUGCCAGGCAAACAUGGAGCCAAGGGAGCUCCGGGGAUCGCCGUGGCUGGGAUGAAGGGUGAGCCAGGCAGCCCAGGAGCCAAGGGUGAGAAGGGGGCUGCAGGCUCCCCUGGGCUCCCUGGUCAGAAGGGAGAGAAAGGCGAUGCCGGCAACUCUAUUGGAGGAGGCAGGGGGGAGCCCGGCCCUCCAGGGCUCCCAGGACCCCCGGGGCCCAAGGGAGAAGCAGGUGUCAUUGGCCAGGCCGGCCCCCCAGGACUGCCAGGAGAAAAGGUAAGGCCCAGGGCAGAUGGGGAGCAAGGCCCACAUCUGCCCCAAGGUUCCAAGGGAGAGCCAGGGAAAGGCGAGAUGGUGGAUUACAAUGGCAACAUCAGUGAGGCACUCCAGGAGAUCCGCACACUGGCCUUGAUGGGUCCUCCUGGUCUUCCUGGGCAGAUCGGUCCACCCGGAGCUCCAGGGACCCCAGGCCAGAAGGGGGAGAUUGGACUACCAGGCCCUCCAGGACAUGAUGGAGAGAAGGGACCUCGUGGCAAGCCAGGAGACAUGGGCCCCCCUGGUCCUCAAGGCCCCCCUGGAAAGGAUGGACCUUCAGGAACGAAAGGAGACACUGGCCCUCCAGGGAACCCAGGAGAGAAGGGAGAGAAAGGGGCACCAGGCCCAGCAGGCUCACCGAACUUUGCCAAUCUGCAGGGUCUAGACGGCCCAACUGGGGAGAAAGGAGAACCAGGUGACCAGGGCAGGCCUGGAGCGACAGGAUUGCCUGGCCCCAUCGGGCUCCCGGGAGUUACAGGAGAGAAAGGACAAGCUGGGGAGAAGGGUGACCCAGGAGCAGAGGUUCCUGGGCCGCCAGGGCCAGAGGGUCCCCCAGGAGCUCCGGGACUCCAAGGUGUUCCUGGGCCAAAGGGGGAAGCAGGACUGGACGGAGCAAAAGGCGAGAAGGGCGUCCAGGGCGAGAAAGGAGAUCGAGGGCCCCUGGGACUGCCUGGAGCAUCAGGUUUGGACGGCAGGCCUGGGCCACCGGGCACUCCAGGACCAGUUGGAGUUCCAGGCCCGGCGGGACCAAAGGGCGAGAGGGGCAGCAAAGGAGACCCCGGGAUGACAGGACCAAUGGGAGCAGCGGGGCUUCCUGGCUUACAUGGACCACCAGGGGACAAGGGAAGCCGGGGGGAACGGGGGAAGAAAGGCUCUAGAGGGCCUAAAGGGGAUAAGGGAGACCAAGGAGCGCCUGGACUGGAUGCCCCCUGUCCACUGGGCGAAGACGGCCUACCUGUCCAGGGCUGCUGGAACAAGAUAAAACCCAAAGAAAGGCAAAGAGUCCUGCCCGGCACCGGCGCCGCGCGGGCCGAACCUGCGCCCGGGGAGGGGCGCGCAGAGGGCAGCGGGCGCGCGGAGCAGGCGGCGCAGCACCAGGGGGCCGAGGGCGACUUGGGCUACAAGGGAGGGCGAGAAGAGGGAUGCAGGGUCUGGCGGUGGGCCCCGGGCGCGGCUGGACCUGGAGGGAGCCUCGAGAGGCUUGGGGAUGUGGAGUUUGGGGCGCAGAAGAAGGAGGUGGGAGGCGCCCAGCCGCCAGGAGGCCUGGGAGUAGGACCGGGUCUGCGCCAGGGCCAACGGAGCCCAGAGACGGCCGACCUGGAGCCUCCGAAGGUGCCCGGGCUGGGUGCCUGGUGUUCCGAGCUGACAAUGGAACGGGCGCCGAGCCGCCUGGCGGAGGGAAAGGACCGGGGUCCGCGGGGCGGGCGGCGCCGGCGAAGGUCAGGCCGGGGACGCCCGGAGGCGGAGGCGAGGUCCGGGGAUUGCUGCGCAGCCACGGAUGUAACGGGCCGGCUGGCGGGCGGGCGUGCACCCGGAGCUGGCGCGGAGGAGGGCGCGGGGCUGGGCACUCCCCUCCGGUUCCCUUUCCGGGGCGCCCGGUGCCGACGCGCGCUGCGCUUUCACCGGGAAAUGGCGGCCCCUUCACGGCUCCUCCUGGCAAAGCAGGAGGCAAAUGCUGUCUUCGGCAACUUUGAGCAACAAAGUUCUCUGAAACUUGUUCAGGAGGUGGUAUUUGGAGAGCAUGCGCAGAAAUUCAACCAGCUUGCUGCGUGA